AUGGGACACUCGGGAGGGCCAUCCUGUAUUGAAGGACAAGCUGAACCAUGGAAUCCAAAUUUGACGGAGCUGACAGCCACAUAUCAUUGGCCACAAAACCGUCACCCAACUUGUACGGGGCUUCAAUUCCCUAUCCCAACGUUUACAGGACGGAGCCGAACCAAAUACUGGGACUUUAUUCACGCGUUCAAUCGGUACUUAUGCAACACAUCGAUGCCGGAAUUGCACAAACAACAUACUCUCUUACAAGCCUGCACCGGUGAAGACUUGAAGAUGGCAUUGGAAUCCUGUGAAAGAUUGGGGCCUGAAAGAGGCUACGAGAGAGUGUUGGCCCUACUCACAGAGAGGUUCAGGAUUGAAAGGGCAUACGCGGAGGAAUGGAUAAUGGCUCUACAGGAGAGACCACCCAUAAGCACUGGCGAUGGAAACGGACUGAGGAAGCUGGCAGAUGCAUUGUGGGGCUGUAUAAGUUACCUAGAGAAUUGGGACAUGUUAAGUAAGCUGGAAUCGUGGACCUGCAUUCGAAAUAUAGUAGUGAGGCUGCCAGGUACUCUACAAGAACAGUGUGCAGACAAAUCACACUCGUAUAACGAAAACCAUGGAUCGUAUCCUGGGAUCCGUUGGCUAAGAGAAUUCGUGCAGAAACAAGUGGGCAGGACACAUAGCACACUCUUCAAGGGCAGAGGCGAGCAGUAA